CUCGCCAUGGUCAAUGCUUCCGCCCACAUUGUUUGCCGAGCAGAAUGACUUCAGCACACCUCAACUGAACCCAUCGUUACGGCGUUUGUCUUCCCCAGCAUAGCGAGGCUGUUCCCCAUUGCUCCGAGUUGGCGCCUUUGCGCCGUGCCGCCUUUGUGAUAAAUACCAUCUCGCAGCAACCAGAACGCUCCACGAAUACAGACACCACCACCGCCGACAUGUCGUUCUUCGGCUUCGACACCACCCUGCCUCGCGACCAGAGCGCGCAGCAAUCGAGCUCGCGAGGCAUGUUCGACCAGCGCGAUCCCUUUGCAGGACUCGGCGGCGAUGGAGGUGGCGAAAUGCUUGACUUUGAGCAGACGUAUGACGGACUAGGAGCUCAACUGCAAGAGGCCGGCGAUGACUUCAACGAUGACACUUUCGGCGGCGACGAGCCGGUGACAAGAGAAAGCGUGGGCAGAGACUUUGACUUUGCGGGACAGACGGCCAACAUUCGAGACACCUUGAUCGAAGAGCAGGUCCUGCAUCAAGCACGCCAGCCAUACGCUCAGCCCCGCCCUCCGCAGAAGCCUGCAAAGACAGGCUAUGAGGCCUACAAGCAGCCAGAGUACAUCCCCAAGUUGGAGGCCGAUGCAUCGAUCUGGGGCAGUUCCGUGGCGAAGAAGGCCGAGCCAGCCAGGCAGCCUGAGCCGGCGGCGAGGAUGAUGACUUUGGAAGAGCUGGAGGCACAGAUGCGGGCACAAGCACGCCCUGCACCACCAGUGCAGCAACAGCCGGAUUACCAGAGUCAGUCGCAGGGCUUGAAGAACAUGCUGGGCUUGGGCGGUCCGCCAUCUCAACCCCAAGCGCCGUCACCGUUCGAGCAGCAAAGAGUGCCCCAGAUACUUCAGCGUCCAUCCCCAAUGCAGCAGCAGCAGAUUCCUCAGGAGCUGCCAGCGCAGCCUUCGCCCGGUCCUGGCUUCAACCAGCGUACGCCUCAGAUUCUACAAAGGCAGCCCAUUCCCAAUCAUGGUCGGCCACAGUCACAGGAUUUCCACGGCAUGCCGCCCCAGCAACAAUUCCAGCAAGGGCCUCCUCCAGGCUUUCCUAUGCCGGGCCCUCCAGUCCAACCUCGUGGAGCACCAGUUCUUCCUAUGCAUAGCCGUGGCCCAUCGUACAAUGGCCCGCCAAUAACACAGGCCCAGCAGAUGAUGAACAUGACUCCAGAAGACCGAGAGGCAUACAUGGCUGAGGAAGCCAAACGUGCCAAGCGAAAUCACAAAAUCUUCCUCUUGAGCAAGAACAACGGUCUCAUGACGCCCCAGGACAAGAACUUCAUUACCCGAAUCCAGCUUCAGCAGUUGCUGACUGCCACGGGCGGCAUCGACAAUGAACCGGGCAGCAAGGAGCAGUUGGCCGAGGACUUCUACUACCAAGUCUAUGCUCAAAUACGUGGUCCCCCACGAAGCGGCCCCGGUCAGCCUUUGAACCAGUUCGCUCAGACAUACCUCUUCCAAACAGGCAGCCGCUAUGGUUAUGGUCGUAGUCGGCAUCACCCUCGCGGCGGCGACAAUCACGUGCAGCGCAUGGAACAGCAAGUCGCUCGUGCUGUCGAAGCAGCGAAGUCUCGCCCAAAGAACAAGUCGCUUGUCGUCGAAGGCUCGCUUGGAAAGAUCGCCUUCAGCAACUCCAAGACGCCUCGACCGCUUCUUAAUAUCAAGCGUCCGGAUUCUGCAGAUAUUCGCAAGCACCAUCCCACCAAGCCUGCUGACCGCAAGUCUGCGCUCCGCGAUAUCGAAAACUUGUACACGACGCUCAUGAGGCUCGAAGAUCACGAACGAGAGAUGCCACCACCACCCAAUGAGGAGAGUCCACCCGAGGUCAUAGAAGGCCACAUGAGAUGGAGGAGUGCCAUGCAGGAAUUGAAUGAGCAGCUGUGGGAAGCCCUUCGCAUCAUGGUUGAGAUCAACCCAGCCUCAACCUCGCCACACCCAUUUAUUCAGAUCCUGUCGCACAGCAAAGGCAAGAAGGCAGUCCCUCGCACAUUCCGACACCUCGAUGAUCAGCAACGUCUCACCAUGCUCACCCUCAUUGUAAUCCACCUCGACAUCCUGGACGUCAUUCGUGACGCAUACCCAGCAGCGGACAACAGCGCUCUACCAGCACGCGUGAAAGAAGAGGUCAAUCUUUUCAACCAAGCCGUCAUUCCACCACUGUUCAGCUACGUCAACGAAGCGCCGCUGAAUAUCAUCAUCGGUCUCCUUGGCCUGGUCCUAGAACGAACACCAGUCCAAGCCAUCUCGCGCACAAAGAUCGGCGUCAGCAUUCUCACCAUGCUCAUCUCUCGCGCUGAACUCCUCAAGCAAUCUGCUCCUGCAUCGGAUUUCCAGCAAUUCACGGAAAUGUACGAUCGCCUUUUCGAUACUCUGGACCCUGUCUUGCCUUAUAUUUUCCCGACCGAUGGGCCUGUGUCUGCUUCCGAGGACGUCCACGUUUGGCAAUUCUUGGCUGCGAUGGGUGUUGGUGCUAGUCCCGAUCAACAACAGCGCCUUGUAUUGGGCGUCAAGGAUCGCGUUAUGGAGACUGUCGGUGUGUCGAAGACAUUACCAGAAGAAAUGAGUUUGAAGAGGUUGGCGGAUGUCAAUCUUUUCAUGAGGGCUAUCGGGCUGGAUGUUGAGCUUCUUGGUUGAGAUCUGUGUCAAGUGGUCGACACUAGUUGCCAUUCAUGACAAUCGGGGAAAGGGCACGAUGAAUGACUCGACGAAGGGAGAAGAAGCAUACGACUACUGCUGAACAUGCGCGGUAGCGAAAGAUGAAAGAAGUUUUAUCGAUCGUUGUUGGUUUUGCAUAAACAUUCAAGUAUUCCUGGAGAACUGCUUCCGAAUUUCUCCAUAAUUCUGCCGAACGUCCUAUCCUGUCUGAGCAGUGCUGUCGUCCUGCUCGUGACCUAACUCAAUCCCGAGGUAUCAUCGCCAUAACUUUUUGUUCAAACACGAAGAAGGCGUCGACGAACUUCGAAACAAGCCAGA